GAAGAAAACAAACGUAAAAUAGAAUUGGAAAAAGAAAAGAAACGUAUUGCGUCAGAAGAAUUACGUAAAGCCGCUUCAUCUCCUACUCUCCUUGUUACGAAAAAUAUUCAAGCAAAAUCUCCUCUAGAAUCUACCAAAAGAUGGUCAUUUACCAGCAAGCUGGAGGUUUUUUCAAAUCGUCAACGAAUAUCAAAGGUUUUCAAAAGAUGCAAAGCAAUUUGACGUCGCCUCUUCGUAAUUUCGUUAGAAGCGUUCCAAACUUGAAAGAUUCGUUAAAACUGAAGGAAUCGACACCAACAAUUAAAAUAGCAGCUUCCAGCAACACUUUGCCGAUAUCACGAUCGCAGUCAUUGAGCUGUCUAGCAAAAGGAAGCAGCGGAUCGAUAACAAAGUUUUCGAAUAUCAAAGGAUCAAAUUCUCUACAAAAGUGGAUUUCGUCAGCUGGAAACCAUAACGUUCAAGAAACCUCACCUCCAAGCGUUCAGGAAAAGAUGGAUAUAUCAGAGAUUGACAGUAAAGAUAAUAUUCCGCUUCCAAAGCCGAUAUUUCAGUCACCUAAUGGAGUUGCCGCAGUAACUUCUUUCACCGACAAUAUCGAAAUAGACGAUGAUACUCCGUGUUCUAUGCCAAGUCCAGAUUGCACGAAUGCCGAGGUUAAAAUAGAUUUGGAAUCGAGUGAUAAUCAAGCCAACACUCCGAUCAAUAGAUUUAAUUUUGCUCGUGCGUGCAAAUCACCAGAAGAUGACUUCCAAUUUCCGACAUACGUAUUUUCUAAGUCUUCCAAGAUGGAAGAAAGAACAGCUGACACUGAUAGCAGUAUGCCGUCAUUUUUGGGCAGCGAUGGAAAUCCUUUUGGAAUUUUUGGUAUGGUUUCACCUUCAACCAAGAGUCCUGACGAAGAAUAUGAGAAGGCAGAUUUUCAAUUUGCUGUUCCAUCUGCACCACCACCAGGCAGUACUAAAAAUCGUCAAUUAACAAAAGGAGAAACAAAUUCUGCGGAAACCAACACUAUUUUCUCAAAAAUGAUGUGGUCCGAUUCUCCUCAAACGCCGAAAGAAAACGCAGCGCACCAACUUGGAUUUUUUGCCCUCUCGCCUGAUUGCAAAGACGCCAACAAAAACGAAAAACCAUUGAUGCCACCGUCGCCGGGGAUGCCAUUCAGCUUUUGUAGCAAUGAGGGGGGAAAUAUUACACCCAGUGAGUCUGGUUUCGCUCUUUUAGAAAAUAGCGAAGAAGAUUCCGCCAUGGAAACAAGUAAAGAUACCUUUGCCGGAUUCGGCUCUUUCGACACUUCGAAAAGCAGAUUUGAAAGCAUGUUCAAAUUCGGAGAUUCAUAAUUAGCUUUAAAACUAUUAUACAGCCAUAUUUGACUGACUGUUUUGUUUUUAUUUUAAUUUUAUA